UUUCUAUUAUAUACUUUGGCCAAAAAAAGAAAAGCUUGUUUGUUUCCACUAAAUGUCUUUUUAAACAAUAUGAUGUGCAGGGCUUUCACUUAAUAACAAAGUAUUAUGGUGCAUAGAAGCAAUUUUAUAGAGAAUAUGUGACUUUCUGAAGAAUACAAUAUUAAGGAUAUGCUGCUUAUUUGAUAAAUCUUAUAUCUUUUAAUAAGAAAUGUAAAAUUUUCUUAAACAUUUAUUGUCAAGUAAACUAUAACUGAUCAAUGAUAAAUGAAAUAUGACUAUGUAUUUGGCCAACAGUCAUGUCUCGUGUACAAGAUAUGUCAUUUCUUUUAUUGGCUCACCUUUGACUAAUGAUCAGCUGAUAAAAGGAUCUUUAUAAACCUUAGUUAAAUCAUGUUAAUAUUUUUGGAUUUAAAGUAUAGAACGAUUCACUGUGAUUAACUGUGAUCAGGAAGUUUAAAAACAGUCUCAUAUAUUAGUACUUAUCUCAUUUUAAAGCUUUUGAAGAAUAUUUAAAGUUUGAAGAAAAAGGGGCGGAAGUGAUCACGGCAUUGUUGGAACAGAAUUGAUGAUGACAUAUCAUUGAUCAACUGCUGUUGCUAUGGCUGACCUGAAAAGAGCUGCACAUGAAUUGUAUUUAAAGUGUUUAGGGACUCAAAGUGACAUUACGGCAGCUGAUGGUUACGAUUUGGAACAGAAAGUUGUAGAAUUACGGAAUGAAAUGCGAAUGUUAAUUCUACAAUUUCUGUGUAAUUGUAUGCCCCAAGAGCGAUUUAAGUUUCAGGAAUUUCCAAAUAUAAUUUUACAAAGUUCAUCGAUGGAAUUUUUCGAACCUAUAAAAGCAUCUGAGGCUUUUACUAAUUUAGAAAGUUAUAUAAUAUUAUUGUGUAUAAUGCCAUGGAAACAGGAAUUUCAUCAAAUAAAGAAAUAUGGAGGGUUUUACCAAACAAAGAUAGAAUCGCAUCUUAAAAAUGCAGACAGUAUUUUUAAAUUGAUUGGAUUUAAUGAAACUUCUGCAGGAUUAUUAGUUCUGUCGCAUUCGACAAAAUUGGAAUUUCUGCAGUAUGUCGCAUUUGAAUGUUUUGUUGCAUCGACAGAGUGUCAUAUUACAGAAAAUGUUUGGAGAAGAGUUUUUGACAGGGGAUUAACGAUAACCGGAGUCGUUCAAAUACGGCAACAGAAUAGAGGUACUGAAGAUGAUGUUGUUGCUCUUAUAGAAUUAAAAUAUGGAAAGUCUGUGAUAAAAGGAAUUUCAGAGAAUGUGGUUGAUAGUCGAAUUAUUCAGGAGGCGGAUGAAAAAAGGAGUAUAUUGUCGGGUCAAUCCUUGACCGAUCCGUUUCGAAAUAAGCUUGAAAAUUAUAUGCAGAAGGCAAAAAAAUUGAGUGAUUUCGAAGAUAUACCUUUUAUUGAUGAGGGUGUAAAAGAAAAUGAAUAUACCCCAAUAAAUCUAGAUGAGCAAAUACUAGCUAGUUUACAGCUGGUUGAAGGCAAAAACGUGUCGCCGGCAGUGAGUGAAAUUUCAACACCUGGUUUAAAAGCGUCCCAGGAGUGGUCUUUUGUUCGUGAAGGAUUAGAAAAGAAUUAUGGAAAAAAAUAUUUUGAAGGCCCGAGAAAGGAUAUUCUUGAAAAUGAGCCUGAGAUAAAGCCGCACUCGUCUAAACAAGGUAAAUAUGUUAAAGUGUUGGUAGAAAACCCGGAUCCAGGUUAUGUUAAUUCUGACGUUUCAAGACAGUUGAAGAAGAUAGCGCACCAACAUGAAUUAGGUAACAAUCCUUUGUACAGUGUGUCUAAGGAUUCAGAUUACGCUACCGGUACCGGUUCAGAAGCAUUUUUUCCACCAACUAUAGACAGCAGUUCUCAAUCUAUGCGUACCAGGGGCAACAGACAAGUCACAGACACUAUUCUUACAAAAGGUUCAGGUGUUCAUUAUCCAGCUCCAGACGCUAACAGGUACUCAAAAACAGAACCAAUUCUGAGACGUCAACAGGUUCCAGUAGAACAAAUUCAAAAUGCAUACAACCCAUACAAUACCCAAUCACAUCAAGCAAGACAAACUUAUGGAUAUACAAAUGCAAACAGUGGUCUUGCUGGAAAUAUGGACAACAUUCAAAAAUACCAAAAGCGAACGUCGGCUCCGCUAGUACAAACAGAGAAAGUAGAUCCAACUAAGUUUUUACCUGUUGUUACAAGCGAGCCUAUGCUUUCAGGUACUAGAAGUUUUAGCGAAGUUACAAAAAGGAACACUGCAGAUGGUAUGGUCAGACCAGGCUCAAGAACGAUCCAUAACAUGCCGCAACAAAAUAUUCCAGUACAAACAAAAAACUUGAUGACCCAAAAUACAGUUAAUCCACAAUGGGCGUGCCCAUAUUGCACAUAUUUUAACAACCCACUCACAGAUGUUUGUGAAAUGUGUUCAAAAUCACGUGACCCGAACAUGGAAAUUGAUUCACCUCCAUGUGCAGGUUAUACGUCUAGAAUUUGUGAUCAGUGUACAUUAGAAAAUGAAAAAGGGUCAAUGAAUUGUCACGCUUGCGGACACGAGUUGAGCCGAACACAAACUGUAGUGUAAAAUUCUGGUCAUUUUUUAGUGAUAUUUAUAAAAACACCUAUUAAAAUAGAGAUGGAUAAAUUAAGGAACUACUUACAAUUCUGUUUUUAAAAGCAUAAACAUUCUAAUUAUUCAGUAGAGAAACAAGAAAAUACAAGAGAAUAAUCACAUUGGCCAUAGUUACUUGUACGGAAAUGGUGGAUACAUUGAUAUGAUUGGAAUAUUCAGUUGACAAAGAUUAAAUGAUUAUUGCAGAAGCACUGCAGAUACGAAGGAUAUGAAAAUAAUGAAGAUAAAUUCGUGGCUGUGUAUUCGCUCUUAUUAGCUCAUCUGAUUUUUUGAAAAAAAAUGAUGAGUUAUUGUCAUCACUUGAGCGGUUGUCGGCAUCGGCGUCGGCGUUGGCGUUGCCUGGUUAAGUUUUAUGUUUAGGUCAGCUUUUCUCCUAAACUAUCAAAGCUAUUGCUUUGAAACUUGGAAUACUUGUUCACCAUCAUAAGCUGACCCUGUAUAGCAAGAAACAUAACUCCAUCUUGCUUUUUGCAAGAUUUAUGGCCCCUUUUGUACUUAGAAAAUAUCAGAUUUCUUGGUUAAGUUUUAUGUUUAGGUCAACUUUUCUCCUAAACUAUCAAAGCUUUUGCUUUGAAACUUGGAAUACUUGUUCACCAUCAUAAGCAGACCAUGUACAUCAAGAAACAUAACUCCAUCUUGCUUUUUGCAAGAAUUAUUGCCCCUUUUGGACUUAGAAAAUCAGUUUUCUUGGUUAAGUUUUAUGUUUAGGUCAGCUUUUAUCCUAAACUAUCAAAGCUAUUCCUUUAAAACUUGCAACACUUGUUCACCAUCAUAAGCUGACCCUGUACAGCAAGAAACAUAACUCCAUCCUGCUUUUUGCAAGAUUUAUGGCCCCUUUUGGACUUAGAAAAUAUCAGAUUUCUUGGUUAAGUUUUAUGUUUAGGUCAACUUUUUCUCUUAAACUAUCAAAGCUAUUGCUUUAAAACUUGCAACUCUUGUUCACCAUCAUAAGCUGACCCUGUACAGCAAGCAACAUAACUCCAUCCUGCUUUUUGCAAUAAUUAUUGCCCCUUUUGGACUUAGAAAAAUCAUUUUCUUGGUUGAAUAUUAUGUUUAAGUCAACUUUUCUCAUAAACUAUCAAAGCUAUUGCUUUAAAACUUGCAACAGUUUUUCACCAUCAUAAGUGGACACUGUACAUCAAGAAACAUAACUCUAUCCUGCUUUUUGCAAGAGUGAUGGCCCUUUUUAGACUUAGAAAAUCGUGGGUAGGACAAUAUUUCUAUUAUACAAAAAAAAUCAGAUGAGCGUCAGCACCCGCAAGGCGGUGCUCUUGUUAAAAUCUUGCGUUUAUAUAUUACUGGUAGAUUUUUGCAGUAGGACUGUUUUUUGUUGUUGUUUUUUCAUUUUCAGUUUUUGGUUGCUAUGCUAAUGCCAUUUUCUGUUGUUUUGGUUUUUUUUUUUCGUUUUUUUUUUUUUUCAUAUUUUUAACCUUUAAUCAUCUUUAAGGUGUUUUGCCUGUUAUUACUUUGAAAAAGGUGUGUUUGCUAAAUUUUCACAUGGUAGAAAUUAAAUAAAUGUAGCAGACUAUAUGUAGUGAAUGAUCCUGUCUUGGCUUCUGCAAAUUAUUUAUUGAUAAAGUACUGUAAACAAAAAGUGAUGUUUAAAUUUUUCAUAAUUGACAACAGUAUAAAAAAAAAAUGUGUUAAGUUUGUACAAAUAUAGAUAAUGCAAUAGUUUAAUUAUGCCGAGUUUAUCAAUUUAUUUGUAUAUUUUUGUUAUACUUUUAAAUUAUACACAUUAUAUAAAGUGGCAUUUUACACGAUCUUUUAUUAAUCAGUGAUACUAAAAUCGUUAUAAUUGUAUUCAAUUUCUUACCGCUUAUAUGUCCAUCUUAUAUUAUAACCAUUGGACACAGCACAGAAGCUAUGGGGAUUAUGGUGUGUAUCUGUGCUGAUACACAUUUGAAAUUCAGAAAUAUGCUAUUAAUUUAGAUAACCUGUAAUUAAAGCUUUUGGCGGAUAUUUUUCCUGUCUGUUCUUUUUGUUACAGUAUAAAGUGACACAGAGUGCCCUAAAGAUAAGAAAGAUAGUCGACACAUGUUCAGGAUUUAUUCAUACUGUUAUAUAUCAGUAGUUGCUGAGGAUUCCCUAAACCAUUCUGUCAUUAUUUUACAAUAUGGUACCCUAUAGGUCAAGAGCCAGCACAAGACAUUUUAUGCAUGUAGAGCAAAGUUACCCGCAUGAUAAUGUAAUAUUUCUGAGAAUUAAGAGCUUUAGAAAUAUUCUAAACUAUGAUGUUUGCCUGUAAUUUGUGAAUUAUCCACUACUUUUCAAAGACAAGAGUAUAAACCUUGUUCCUUGCAGUUUGACUUUUCCAAGAAAUAAUGUUACACUUUGCAUUUUAUAAUUUCAAAUACAGGAGUAUCAUAACCCAAUAUGCAAAAUCUAAUCUGCUGUGCUGAGACAGGCCUAAUUUCCCAACCACAUGGAAUGGUGAAAUUUGAAUACAACAUGAAGUAGCCAAGGAAUAACCUUAGUGUAAUAAGUAUGUUCAAUGAUGAACAGUACUCAAACCAAACUGAAGCCAUUAUGUUUCUAGUAAAAUCUUUUGAUAUUUGACCGUACCAAAAUGUCCCAGUAUACUAUUAUAGUACCGGUAGUAAAAGGUAAAUAUAAUAGUUUUUCCUUGUUUUGAAAGUAUUUAAUCAUAAGGAAACACUACUACUGGUUUAACUAUUUGUAUUAUAUAAUUAUACAUAUAACAUAAUAAAUAAUCAAUAACACGGGACAACAGAAUGUGAGGUAAAACAUAACAGCAUAACAACGCAAAUAUGAAGGAUAAUUUGUGCAUUGCGUUAUUAUAUAACAUUAUUAUUGAAUAAUGCACUGUAUAUAUUAUAUAUAUUAGUUUAUAAUAAUGCACUGUAUAUAUUAUAUAUAUUAGUUUAUAAUAAUGCACUGUAUAUAUUAUACAUAAAACUGACAACGAUUUAAUUCCUGGUUCUUGUUUUUAUGUUUCCUCUUUAACCCUUAGCCUGCUGCAGGCGAAUUUAACAGCCUUUGCAAACAGCUUGGUACCAGAUCAGACGCCGAUUAAAUUGGCGUCUGAUCAGGUUCCAAGCUGUUUGCUACUCUGACAAUAUUUCUUCCAAUUUUGGAGCAAAUUGAAUGAACUUUACAAUUUUAGCAGACGAUAAUUUAUCUAGCAUGCUAAAGGUUAAAGUAAACUUUGGUCCUUUUAUAUGCGUCGUUAGUACAAGUUAGAAACAAGUAGUAAAACAGUAUUUCUAAUUAAUUAACUUAGUACACUGAAUCCAAAUUGUUCUUAGAAAAAUAUUGUUAUUGAAAAAAAUGUUUUGUUCACUUAUUUUCUUUAGGGUAUGAUUCUGUGAAAGGGAAGAUUCAAAAUUGCGAAUAUACAGUAUGAGGGAAAUUUACAUUUUCUUUCGAUAAUUAAAAAAAAACUGCUUAUCAUUUUCUGUGUUGAUGCUCUGUAUGAAAUAGGACUUUGUUAGCCAAGUGAUUAAGAUUGCCUUGAGUCACUUGCUCAUCACUUGUUCAAACCCUGCUGAUGUCAUGCCAGGAACCCUUUUAGCUCUCUUAUGAAAGAUUGGCAGUUCAACGGAAGUGUUUGUCAUCCGUGAUUGAAACAAUGCCUUCAUGAAACAAUGCCUUCAUGAAACAAUGCCUUCAUGAAACAAUGCCUUCAUGAAACAAUGCCUUCAUGAAACAAUGACUUCAUGAAACAAUGCCUUCAUGAAACAAUGACUUCAUGAAACAAUGCCUUCAUGGGAUUCUUGGGUCUUUGUCUGCUAAUAAUAACUUGAAAGUACUGGUGUAACUAAAAACCUCACAACAGAUAAACAAACAAACCUAAAAAGGCUAAUUGGUACACUUCAAUUCAACUGCGUCUGAAAUAUAAAAUGAAAAUUUUUUACACACUUUGUUUAUUUAGGAGUGAGAUUUGUAAAAGUUUCACCAAAAAAAGUUGUAGGAGUGUAAGUGCCAGACAAGGCAUUUGUGUGGUAAUCUCUUCUAUGGAAAUCUUAUAUUUUCAUCGAGCCAACACAUGAUGCUGGUUUCAGAAAGUUUCCUUAUAUUGUUCCUUUCAAAUGUACCGAUAAUAACCGCCUUUUAACAUGCACAUUUUGUUCAGUUCUGUAAGCAUUAUCAAGAGCUAUGGGGGAAUAUAUUUUCCUUAUUUUCUAUGGUUUCAAAAGAUAACUAGACAUGGGCGUAAUGGUCCUGUCCUUUUCUUCUUGUGGGUUGAAGCAAAAAGAAGUGUUUCGUCAUAACAUGCGAUAUUUUGUUUUGUUUCCCUGCUGUUAAUAUUGUACUGUUUUGGUUAUGUCAGUACAUUGUCUAAUCAUUCUAUUUACUAUUAAAAUUACCAGAUAACAAUAUCUAGAAGCAAAUUAAUUGUAAUCUGAUAGCUAGUGGUAAUAUUUGGUAAAUAAUAGUAAAUCAAUUUAGUGUAGGAGAGGUAUUGUGUGUUUAGAUGAUAUCACAGUUAGAAAAUUCCCUGUUCAUACACAAUAAACCAUUUGAAAAUAUGAAUAAGCUGUAUGAAUCAGUACACGCUGGACAUUGAAGUUUGUCAUUUUUCAAAGACUUUGAUAACAUUGAUAUGAUUUGCUCAGGUACUUUAGGUUUAAAAAAAGAAAUCUACCCAUGUUUUGAUAAAGUGGCAAUGAAUUUUUAUUAUGUACCCUGUCAUUUAAAAAACAAAAGCACAUUGUUUUGAGUGGAGUUAAGUGUCUUAUAUACUCUGAAAUGAUGGACAAAAUUUGGGAUAGGAUUCUAAAAAUAUUUAAAUAGAGGGCCUCUGGUAAAGUGGUUAAGGUCACUGACUGAAUUACUUGAGGUUCAGAACAUUGGUUCAGGUGUAGAAAUCUUUCGUUAAGGAAAACAACCAAUAGACUAGCUUACUAGUCCCUGAACUAAUGCCCAUAGUGGCACCUGGGUUCCUCCUCCCCUAUGAAAAGCUGGAAAGUUGCAAUAUACCCUAUAAUUGUGUCAGUGUUACAUUGAAAACCAAUAUUUGAUACCCAUUUUCGCUAUUUUAUUAUCUGCAUCAAAGUUGGAUUCAAUUAUAUUCUAAAAUAUUAAAUAAUGAAGGUUAUCUUUUAUUUUCAAAUCAACUUUGAACAAGUAAUUAAAAAAAACAAGUUGUAUAAUUAUAAAACCUUUUCAUAUCUAUGUUGUAUUACAGUUUGACAUUCUGAAAUGUAUUUGAUAUCAUCACUAAAUGUUGAGGGGAGAAAAAUGGAGAAAGGUCAAAUUGAGAAAUAGGUAACAUUAAACUCUAGGUUCAGAAAGGGAGUUUUUUUCCAUUUUUAUAGAUAAAAGGUUUCUUUGUAUUUCAAAAGGAAGUAUAGUUAGUUAAAUGACACAGGUUAAUGGAUUCAUAAUUGCAAACAACAUUUAAUAUAACAGGAAAUUGAAGUUGCUUGCUGAUUUUGUAUAGUUCCUACUUGGAUUGGAAGUGUCUGUAAUAGAAUUUUUUUAAUGUGUUAAAAACCAGCUGUUAAUUGAAACAGUACUUCAUAUCUUUUAUGAUUUAUCUGCCACUCAAAGUCACUAGAGGAUGAGUAAGAUGCUCUUAUUUAUUCAGGGUUUCGAAUGUAAAAGGAAAAUGGCUGGAAUUCCAGUCAACCCUGGUGCUUGAGUCAUCCCUGCCCGAGUCAAUGGUGUUUCACUGUAUAUGUGUACAUUAUGACAAAUAUAUCUCAUUAUGGCAUUCAUAGCCAAGAGUUGUAUAGCAAAGUCAGCAUGGCUGAAUCAUUUCCAAGGCCAAUAGGGUUCAAGUAAUUUGAUCCUGUUUAGCUUAAAUUCAUAAAUGUCACAUGAAAAUGUUAACAACUUUAACAACAAAGUCCGCCAUGGAUAUUUUCAAAGCCUGCAGAUUCCUAUCAUAAAGUUGUCACAAAAAGUAGCCCUGCUCCCAAAUACAUUUUUGUAAUACAUGUAUAGUGUUGAAUUUAUUGUAUAACAGAUAUGAGGGAUAAUAUCUUUAUCAAGGAAUGAACUUCAAAUGUUUUUGAUAUCUUUAUCAAAAAGUUGACGAAUGCACGUAAUACAAUAUUUUAUAGUCAGAUAACAUUUUAUAAAGAAAAUGAAUAUUUGAUAUACAUAAUAAUAUACUGUAUCUUGUACUACGAUUGUUACGGUAUCACUGUACAUGCUGUGUUCUGCGAAAUCAUUACAUUUUGUGGGCAUGAAAUGCAAAUAGUCUAAACUCUAACAUCAGUAGGUCACAAAAAUUGAGUGCAUGGAAAAUUUACCAAGAAUUGUGUGUGAUAAGUAACAUUGCUGUACCUGCCAGUAAAAAGAGUAAUGCUAAUGUUGUUUUCAAAGAGUUAUAGAAUUAGUUUGAUGUUUUGGCUUAUCUUGUCUGUAACUGCAAGGUAUUAAUUGUUAAAUUAUCUUGUCUUAAAUAAUGUAAUUUUGCUAAACUUCAUCAAUGUAUUCACAUGCUUUUAAGGUUUGAGCAUGUAUGUACAUGUUUAUAAAUAUGUAAUAAAGGAGAAAAAAAUC